AUGCCAAUUGAAGAGUCUGAGAUAAUGGCACAGUUGCUUGGGACCUACCACAUCCCAACCGAGCAUGAUCGUCAUGAUCCAAGCUUUGAAAAUCCAUCAAUAUCUUGGUCUUCUGAUCAUGUUUCUGAUUUGUACUAUUGUCUGGAUAGUGCUAAUGCUAACACUAACAGCAGCUCUUACUACUGGCCUCAAGGAGAUGACAGUAGUAUCAGUACUAGUGGCUUCUUUGCUCCCCCUUCCGAAUUUGGGGGCUGCUAUCUGAGUGGAUCCAAUGAGGUCUGUGGGAUCAAUACUAGCUUUGCGUCCAUGGAUUAUUGCAUGGAGGGGAAGCAACUAACUACCCCAUCAUUUGAGGUGGCUCCCAACCCCACAAAUAUAGAUCCCAUAAGCUUGAAUGACAUGACUAACAGUGAUGCUAUGGGAGACUCCUGCAUGAAUAUCUCAGAGUCCACUACUCCUGAUCAAAUGUCACAACCCAAAAGAAGGCUUCAUGUGGGUGAGGAUGAUAACCCUGCUGAAAGUCCUAAGAAGAAGGUCCAUAAGACUUUGAAGAAGGCACAAUCAAAGGGAGCUGAGAAGAGUUCUAAAAGUGGCGAUGAGGAAAAAAGCAAUGUUGUGGUGAAUGGGCAGAGUUCCAGUUGCUGCAGCUUAGACGAUGACUUGAAUAUUUUCCAAGAACCCAAUGGAGGGGGCAGCACAAGUCCAAGCGCAAAAGGAUCUCCUGCUCUCAACCUGAAUGGCAAAUCAAGAGCUAGUCGGGGGGCAGCAACAGACCCACAAAGCCUCCAUGCAAGGAAAAGGAGGGAUAGAAUCAAUGAGAGGCUGAGGAUAUUGCAGAACCUUGUACCUAAUGGAACAAAAGUAGACAUAAGUACCAUGCUUGAAGAGGCUGUUCAAUAUGUGAAGUUCUUGCAGCUCCAGAUCAAGCUUUUGAGUUCGGAUGAACUGUGGAUGUACGCUCCCAUAGCUUACAAUAGGAUGAACAUUGAUCUCGAUUUCAAGGUCUCUCCUUAG